AUGCGCCUCCCCUAUGUCCCCGACCCACCCCCAACCAGCACCCCAGACGAAGCCAGAAUCCUAUCAAGUGUUCAAGCCCGCCGAGCACCAAACCCACUCCUCCCCCUCGACCUCGCUCUCCUGCACUCAUUCCCCGUCGCCGAGGGCUGGAACUCAUUCAUCGGCGCCAUCCGUACGCGAACGAGCCUAUCGACAAUUGUCCGCGAACUGGCCAUCUGCCGCGUGGCCGUCAUCAAUGGCGCGCUAUUCGAAUGGGAUCAGCAUGCGCCGCUGCUUUCGCAGGGCGGAUUGAGCGAGGAAGCGCUUAAGGUUGUUGGAGAUGCGCAGACGGAUUUCACCGAUGAGAUUUGUCGUGUUUUGAGUGCUGAGCAGCGCGCUGUGUUGAGGUAUACGGAUGCUAUGACCAAGACGGUGACGGUGCCGGAUGCGGUGUUUGCGGAAUUGAGGGCGUGGUUCAAUGAGCAGGAGGUGGUGGAGAUUACGGCGACGGUCGCGGCGUAUAACUGUGUCAGUCGGUUUUUGGUGGCUCUUGAUGUUGGAGAGAAGAAUCAUUAG